AAUGUAUAAGGACAUCGACGAACAUUUCUURGGAGACAUCAGCGCGGAUUUUAUCAAUAAGCCUUUGUCUGGAGUGACUCAUUACAAGUUUGUCAUCAAAACGUCGAACUCGUCUCCUGGUUUUCUUAGCUUUUGUCAUGACAAGAAAUCAUGCUCGAUGUUAACAAAKUCAUGUAGGGUGAAUUGCAGACACAUGUGGGAUGGGCAUGGCCGAUGGAUAAAUAAUACCUGGAAACCUUACUCCCAUGUCACGCUUAGAAACCAGAAAAAGUUCAAGCCUCGUACUUUGUUAAUGAUAGGAGAUUCAAAUAGCAGGCGUUUCAUGGACUACUCUUCUCAGGCUGAUCUUUGUAAGCGUGUGUUUAAGUACUGUAAACUUGUACAACACUGGCUGUAUGAGUAUAAUAUGAACCGCACCGAUCUGACCAAAACAGACGAAUUUGACAAAUCCGUAGUAMUUGAUCUCUUUAAGAGAAAGCUUSAAAAUCCCGAAGUCAACAAUAACGAAAGUGYCCUAUUGCUUAAUCUUGGUACACACUAUGCUCUUGGGGUCAAUUUUAGUCAGUACCAAGACUUAAUUAYAAGCUUAAUAGACUUGUUUAACACCAAAGAGACAGAAACUAAUACGGAUUUGUAUAAGAUGGAUAUUAUUUGGAGAGGAACCACYAUGCUGGAAAGGGAAAAGCUUCGAAAACUAAACUUCAAGUGGAUCUUAAAUAGUACAUUGUUCCGUUUCCACAMCAAUCAGAGAAUUCAGUUGUUUAAUGCAUAUGCGACAAGCAAAAUGUGUGUAGCUGGCUACAAGGUGCUGGAUAUGUAUCAUCUGUCAGCUUCAUACCCGAAAGGAACUAAUGAUAAUGUCCACUACGAUCUUCAAGCCUUUCAACCCGCUGCUUCAGUYCUAGGAAAAUAUUACGGAUGAUGGCAUUGGUCUGUCCRUCGUUUUCAUUGGAUUGAAUGAUUAUGACUGCCCAGUCCAAAUGCGAGGCCUUGAAUGGUGCAAACCGGGUCUUUAAAGGACUGCAAGGAAGAUAUUUUUGAGUACUUUAUAGCAUUAUUUAAAGGAAUUGCAUAUACAAAUUAAUGAUGACUACUCAUACUACAAACGCAUGGCUCGGAAUGGCAAUGACGAUUUUUGGCGAUGUAGAAUUUGACAUGGAAUAUUUGCACGUUGCUCGACUCAUUACGCAAACGAAACAUCGUCAUUGUGAAUCGUUUAGCAUUACGAACAGAGCCACUUGGUUACUUUGUAGUGUUCAGUCCUCGCCUGUCGUGGGCAAAACUCACAUAAACYCUUCCCUAAAUUGUUCUUAAAAAUUAGCAGCAAAGAGAGGUUAAUGAAGAAAAUUUCUUGUUAAAACAURCGACAAUUGAAAAUAAAUGAGUA